AUGGAAUCAAAAAAGAUAAAACGAGAUUGUGGAGGACUAAACCAAAAAACCAAAAAAGUUUUCGGCUGUUCGUACUCACUCCUGCCGAGUCUGGCAACGAUAUCGAACCAUGGAAGCGACGUAUCGAUCAGCUGCAACGACUCUUACGAAAUAUAUUACGUCACCUGCGUCGAGAACCAGUGGAAAGGAGAAAUCGGAAACUGUUCCAAUAAUGCCCAGAAGAUUCGCCUGCCGUCCAUGAUCUCACAGCCUGGCAACGACUACAAACAUGGUCAGUGCUUCUUCUGCAAUUUCAUCACAUGUUCACUUAUCAUAUGUUUGCUUUUCAAACUAGUGAACACCGGUCACUCGCUAUUUGUUACAUAA